CCUUCCCCCAGAUCAAAUAUAGUGCAGUAGUCGGCAAAGAAAAGUGACCACAGCCAAAGCCCAUCCAGCCCUUUGAGCAGCGCGAGCAAACGGACUCGUUUACUGUUUACAGCCUGGAAAGAGACGCCAAGCGGAUCACAUCCGAACCACAUUCUCUACUCAAGGAAGCAUUGGGACUGCUGCUUUUGUGGACAAUUAAAUCACACACGGCGGAUCUAUGAAGACGCAGGGAGGUUUUUUACUCUCAGCACCAGACAGAGGGAACAGGGAGUGAUUCACACCCCCCCGCGCGCGCCUGCACCCCCCAUGCCGGGCAUUAGCUCCACCGCGCCUCGUUAUGAAAACUGGGACAUGGACCACCUCGACCACUACCAACAUUAUUUCUACGACGAUCACCACGACCCGGAUGAGGAUUUCUUCAAGUCCACGGCGCCCAGCGAGGACAUAUGGAAGAAAUUCGAGCUGGUACCGACCCCGCCCAUGUCCCCUAUCCGGGCGGUGGAAGGGUCGGGCAGGGUCGGUCUGCUGUACCCGUCUCUGGGCGACAAACUGGAGUGGGUCUCUCAGUUCUUAGGGCAGGAGGAUGAGCAACAGCAGCAGGACAUGCCCUGCAAGCUCACCACGGCCAGUGACUCCUUCGGGAACCUGAGCUCCAUCAUCAUCCAGGACUGUAUGUGGAGUGGUUUCUCGGCCGGUCAACAGCUGGAGAGAGUUGUAGGGGAGCGCUGCGCCUCCUGUCCCGGGACGGGGGCCGCUGCCAAGGUCGCAGCCGGCUCUGCCCUCACAUCCCCGGGGAGAGCGCAGAGUGCCCUCCCCGACGCGUCGGCCCUCAGCGGACUGGCGGCGGACUGUGUGGACCCGGCUGCGGUGCUCACUUUCCCGUCAACUGGUGCAUGCAAGAAACAAGUGUCCUCUGGUUCAGAGUCUCACAGCGACUCAUCAGAUGAUGAAGAUGACAAGGAUGAGGAUGAAGAGGAGAUUGACGUGGUGACGGUGGAGCACAAGCAGCAACGCAAACCUCGACGACUGGUCAACACUCGAAAACCAGUGACCAUAACGGUGCGGGCCGACCCACUCGACCCCGGCAUGAAGCGUUUCCACAUCUCCAUCCACCAACAGCAGCACAACUACGCUGCACCCUCCCCAGACACACUCCCUCCACCGACUGAGCCUCCUCGGAAGAGGGUCCGGCAGGAGGCCUCCACCCCGGCCACCCAGCCACACCAGAACUCUCAUUACCACCAACCCCGACCCGGCCAUGCCCCUCUGAACUUGGACAGCAGGAAGUCUCAUGUGACUGUGGCUGGAGUCAGGUCAGAGUCCCCUAACCUCAGCGCCUCCUCUCCUACCUCCUCCACGUCACCUUCAUCUCCUCCCUCCUCCUCUUCCUCCUCGAGCUCCCAUCCCCAAAGCUCCCCAUCAAAGGCCCACUUCCUCUCCCACCUCUCCAGUCCCCAGUCCUCUGACUGUGAGGACACAGACAAACGCAAGGCGCACAACUUCCUCGAACGCAAGCGAAGGAACGACCUGCGGUCGCGCUUCCUGUCGCUACGAGACGAGAUCCCAGGCUUAGCAGACUGCCCCAAGACGCCAAAGGUGGCGAUCUUGACGCGAGCCACAGAGUACCUGCAGCAGCUGCAUGCCAGCGAGAGGCAGAAGGCUCAGGAGAGGAAACAGCUGAAAGCCAGGCAGCUACAGCUGCUGCAGAGGCUGGCACACCUCAAACGAUCCUGAGCGACGGGUCGGCUGUCACCGCACACAUACACUCACAGGACUGAACGGGACUACAUGAAGGAGAAAAGACACUAAUGUUCACUUUGAAUUAGUCACAUUGAAAAGGUGCAGUUGGAGUUUCUUUUUUUUUUCUUUUUCUUUUGUUUAUUUUGUGGUUUGCACAUUAGCUUCUGAGUGAUUGACGAGGCCGUAAGCCGGUCAGGACAGCAAACUCGGGAUUGAUCUUACAGGGCAUCUUACAGGCAGAUUAAUAUGUCCAUGGUUACUCAAUAUGAGUUUUUCAAACUGGUAUAUUUCCCUUUGCUAAAAGCUGUUGCUUUUGAAUGCAGCAUCCCCUCAUUGAAAAACUGCUACAACUGAGCUGUUUAACUGCUGCAUGGUCUGGUCAGGCAUUAUUGACAGGGCUUGGUGUGCUUGGACAGCCAUAAUGUUUCCACUCUCUUUGAAGUUUCUCUGCAGAAUCUUCUACAAAUGUAGAGUCCCCUGUUCCUGAGUAUUGGCAUACAACUUGUAUGUUUUGUUUUUAAGUUGUGACUUUCUGUGCUGUGUUCUUUUCUGUUUUCUCUUCUGUUCUCUCAUUAUACCUUUUCCCUGUUUUGUCUUGAUCUUUCCACUACUCUUCUUUUUUUUUUUUUUUUUCCUUGUCAACAGUUGAAGUUGCUGGCAUUACGCUUACUGAUAUUAGGAAUGUGAAGGGGGGGGGGCUGCACCAAGCCAUGCAACAAUAACAUUACACCUGGAAGGGUACACUAUGUUCUACACUUCCUGGACUAGCUCAGGUUAAGUCCUAACUUCUGUGCCUGCAUGUUUCCAUUCAUAGCUUCUGUGUUUUUUUUCUCACGCCACAGAUGUUUCCACAGCAGCACCAUGCCCACAGUAACAGCCAGUUUUGUAGCAUUAUUUGGAAAAAAUGAGAAAAUAUGUGGAGAUUAAUCCUUUUUCCAAUCAACAUCUGAAAAAACAAAAACAUUUCGAUUUCACUUUGUCUUUAUUAUUGUUGUGCCAUGGAGACCAGCCAAAGGGUGAAUGGUGGCUUCAAAUGAUCAGCCAAAAGAAACUUAGAGAAUAGCUUAAAUUCAGUUUCAGUUUGUCUGUCUAAGCAACAUGAAAAAUGCCAACUUUAACUUGGUUUUGAUGAAGCCCAUUGAGUUCCAACUACAUUUCUUUCAUCUUGCUGUCUGAUAUAUUUGUAUUAUUUUUUUUUUUUUGCAUUUAAUGUAAUGCCUAUAGAAGCCUUUCAGUGUAUGUUGACUAUCCUGUUGGAUGUUAUGUAUAUAGCACCCUUACUGUACAGUCCCUUCCAAAGCAAAACCAGAGCUGUCUACUAUACUCAUCCUUGUUUUCAUUUGGCCCUGUGUCCUAAACGGGGGCCAAGCUUGCUGGCUUUUCAAAGAUAACUCAAAGCUUCUAUUUUUGUUAAUAAAAUGAUUAUGAAAAAGAGUCAAAAUAAAACACUUACUGAACAUUGAUCACACUAGCCACUUUGUCACCACAUUUUAUUAUUAUUAUUAUUUUUUUAUUUUAUUUUUUUGCAAUGCCUACUUGUUUUCUUUCCUGGUAAUUACUUCAUUUGUCUCUGGGGUUUCUUUAUUUGUACAAGUUAGAGUUGACAGAAGUUUUUAUACUAUAUUUUCCUACCGAGUUGUGUUUCGGUGUGAGCUAAUGACUGUUUUUGUUAACAUAGUUGGCAGGGCUUUAUUGGUGUUUAUGUGCUGAAAAUUGGCAUGUGUGCUCUGCUUUCUCUCGACAGAGUGGAAAACACCUGAAUGCUGCUGUAUUCAAAUCCAAUCACUCUAGCUGUAACACUCUUAAAUCUGGUGCGGGCGGUGGGUGGAUCGGGAGGAGGAGGGGGUGGACUUAAGAGGAUCUACCGAUUAAACUUCGGGCUGUGUGUAGCCUUUAGUGACCUUAAUGUUACUGCUUUCUCUCUGCUUUUUUUGCAAGCCUGGUGCUCCCCAUUGUCCCAUAAGCCAUGCAACAGAGAGCACUGUAGCCCUGGAACUAGUACUGUAAACAACUUGAUCAUGACGAGUAGCAUGCCCUGCUCUUACCAACACUCAGGAAUCUCCCAAGUGUAGUCUGUAGCUCUUGUGAGGGCCAUAGGCUGUGCUUACGGAAAACAACCCCUACUGUAAUAUGCUGUAUGUAUAACCUAACACCAACACAGACUGAAAGAGAGCAUUACAACAGAAGAAUCAUCACAUAAUCGUUUGAAUUUAUACUUCAGGACAUGAGUAAUGUUUCCCUUUCCCCCCUUUCUUCUUCUGAAUUAUCUGUAGUAUUUUAUCUGCUAAUUAAUUCAGCACAAAUCACCAUUACUGCCCCGAUACUUUUUUUUCAGUAUGGUGGUGCACCCACAACAGUGGUUUGCCCCGUUUCUUUUUUUAAUUUGUUUGACUUGUUUUGGUCACUGGUCUCUGCUGUUGGCACAGUUAUGGUAGCAGUGGACGUUGCUUACUUACUUUGGGAGUUCAACUAUGGUGAUUUUGAAGCCUUGUCUCAGCACUUUGUUUUUUCUUUUUUUCUGUACCUCAUAAGCCUCUAUGUAUGAAGAGUAAGUCAGAAAAAUAAUAAAUUCAUGGUUGGACAUCAUUAAAGGCCUGUUUAGCUUA